ACUACAACAACUGUUGCUGGUGCCAUCGCCCGAUCGCAGAGAAUGCGCCGGAUUAUCUGACGAGCACGGAUGGGCCGCGCUACUGCUCCGAGUCCUGUUUCGCGCAGAGUCGUCGGGCGUCCUUCAAGAAGGCCAAGACGUGCGACUGGUGCAAGCACGUGAGACACGCCGUAAGCUAUGUGGACUUCCAGGACGGCGCAUCGCAGCUGCAGUUCUGCUCGGAGAAAUGCCUCAACCAGUACAAGAUGCAGAUAUUCUGCAACGAGACGCAGGCACACCUGGACAUGAAUCCGCACCUGCGGGACCAGGGCCUGGAGGCCGCGGCCGCUGGUGACGGAGCGGGCCUUAUCACGCCCGAUCUGUGGCUGCGCAACUGUCGCAGUCGCUCGGCCUCGCCCGCGUCUACCAUUUCGGUGUCGCCUGGCCCGCCGGCUGUGUGCAUUGCGAACGCUUCUGCGUCCGCCUCCAAGCGGAGCUCGCCCUGCCACACAUCGCCCACCCAUCCAAGCAAACCUCUGAUCUCAGUGGCACCCGUUUCCAAACUGCUGGCGCAAAAGACAGCCCCCCUGACUGGGGCUCCCCAGGCGCCGGCUGCUCCGCUGCAGCGCCACCACGCACUUAACUCCGGCUCCAAGCCAGGCCGACGCAAGCGUCCGCAUCGUGUGGUCGGCGCCGGCACGGAGACUGUUGCCAGCUUGCUGCAGAAGCAACAGCUGCAACAACAACAACAGCAGCAGCAGCCGCCCACGCUGAGCACCGACUUUGCCGGUUCCAGUGUGCCGUUGCCUCCCCUGUCGCCCAUGCAGGAGCAGCAGUCAUCGCAGCCGCAGCCGCAGCAGCAGCCACCGCAGCAGCAGCAUCAACAGCAGCUGCCGCCGGCUAUGCCGUGUCGGCCUACCGCUGGUCUGCCUGCCGGCUACUUCGCCUCAGCGCCAAACGGAAUGCUGGGCCAUCCGUUUGGCGCCCGACCUGCACCGCCGCCGCCCCAUCCCUUCCUCGGUCCUUUGCCGGGCAUGCUGCCGCGUGGCUUCGGCGCUCACUUCGGACCGCCUCCGCAGAUGCAGCCGGAGUUGCCUGGAGCGCUGGGUGCUCUGCUCGGCGCCGCUCCGCCAGUGACGGUGAUGGUGCCGUAUCCCAUUAUCAUACCGCUCCCCAUACCCAUACCUGUGCCCUUGCCCGUCGUGGACUUUUACAAGGCGCACCUGACUCCCGAGCACCGCAAGCGCUUCGAUGAGGAGCGUGCGAACACGGCAGCUGAGGAGCAGCCACAACCGUUGGACUGCAGCAAGGCCAAGCCAGAGCUGGAAACGGAAACGGAGCGGCCGAUGGAGCUGGAACAGCAAAAGGAGCAGGAAUUGGAUUCGGAAAAGGGGCCGGAGCAGGAGCAGGAGCAGGAGCGGGAGGAGGAACAGAAAUCUAUACCAAAGACAACGACAACUAGGACAACACCAUCGCCAGCGACGUCGCCCGUCACAGACUCCUCGCAGGACAUGUUGGGCGAGACGACACACUGCGUCGUUCUGCACAAUGUUGAGUCGGAGGAGGGCGGGUGCAAUGCCAACAGCUCGGCUGAGGCGGAUACCCAGAAGCUGCCCAAGUUAAAGAUAACGCGACUGCAGUCCAAACGCACGAUCAUCCAAACCAAAGAGACCAGGGAGGCCACUCCCACAUCGCCCACAACGGGGGGCAGCAACGGCUCUGCUGCUGCGGCGGAGAGCACUCGGCCGUUGCGCAAGCGCAAAAGAAUAAUCGAUUGUGAUUUCCAAAAGAUUACGCUGCGAGAACUGGAUGCAGUCGAUGCACACAACAGCAAUAGCAAUAGCAACAGCAGCAGCGGCAAUCAGAGCAACAACAAUAACAACAAUGUUAGCAGCAAACAAGAAGAGGAGAGAGAAGUGUGCAAUAUGAUCAGCAACAACAACAGUGCUAAACAAACAAAAAAGUAGUGUAUUAGGCCUAAGUAUAAAAGCGUAGUAGAAAUAGCAGUAGCCCUUAUCAAAUAUUAGCUUAUAUUAUAAAUGUAUGCGUGCUGACUUAAAUAAACAUAAUAAUAAUGAACAAUGAAAUGUUGUGGCACAUAGUGCAGGCA